AUGUUGAACGGCGAAGAUCCGCCCGAGCGGCCCGACUACAUUGUCAACAUCAUCAAUGGCCUGGAGCGCUACAACCCCGAGGCCGUCGUUAACCUCGAGGCCUAUCUGCAGGAGCAGUGCGAGCAGAAGUACUGCGACUGCAAUGCGAACAGGACACUGCUGAAGCUGUACCAGCUUAACCCCGACCGCAUGAAGGAUGAGGUCGUCACCAACAUCCUAGUCAAGGCUAUGACCCAGUUCCCCUCGCCGCAGUUCAGCCUUGCUCUGCACCUGAUCAACCCAUCUACCAUCGCCCAGGGCGAGCUCCACGAGGCCGUCACCAAGCUCCGUACCCUCAACAUCCAGCUCGAGGGCUCCGAGUAUGCUCGCUUCUGGAACACCAUUGAUGGCGACGAUCUCUGUGCCGACCUGAUCGCCGAUAUCUCUGGUUUCGAGGAUCUCAUCCGCGCCAACAUUGCCAACCUUGUUGCCCAGGCCUUCCGCGAGGUUAGCUUGUCCCAGCUCGAGUCGUGGCUCGGUCUUGACUCCGACGCCGCCGCUAAGUUCGUGACUGAGGUCGCUGGCUGGACUGUCGGCGACAACGGUGUCGUUACCAUUCCCAAGAACACGGAGAACGAGGCCAAGAAGUCGGAGAUUAGGGAGGACGUCAACAUUGACAUGUUCUCGAGGGUGAUCCGGAGAUCAUGGGAGGAGACCGUGUAA